AUGCCUGGGGCCCACCAGCAACUUCUUGUCAAGUUGGAGCUGGUCAAGCUGAAGAGGCACCGUCAGCCUUUAACAGCAGACCUUGGGGGCUUCCCUGGUGACCUAGCGGUUAAGACUUUGCCUGGUGGUCCAGCGGUUAAGACUUCUCUUGGUGGCCCAGUGGUUAAGACUUUGCACUUCAGUGCAGGCAUGGGUUUGAUCUCUGGUCAUGAGCUCAUAGCCCACAUUCUUUGUGGCCGAAACACCAAAAACAUGAAACAGAAGCAAUAUUGUAACAAAUUCAGUGACUUAAAAAAAAAAAAAAAAAGGUCCACAUUAAAAAAAUAA